AUGUGGCUCCUGGGCACCGCGCGCGCGAACAUCGUCUUCUUUCCCCAACCUGAAGACGUUCCUGGAGGCUAUGCUAUCCUAUCGCACACGUGGCUCGAUGAGCAGUCCCAAAAAAACACGUCGAAAAUGCUCUCCCCAUUCCGCUCGUCGUCACCAUGGUUCAACCCACGCGAUCGCCUCACUUCAAAAGUUCGAUCGUUCCUUGAGCUCGCCGAAACGCACGGGCACGAGUACGCUUGGGUCGACACGUGCUGUAUCAACAAGGAGAGCAGUGCCGAGCUCUCCGAAGGCAUCAAUUCCAUGUUCCGCUACUACGCCCUCUCCACCAUCUGCUACGUCUACCUCAGCGACAUCGAAUUCUCCGACACUAAUUCAGUCUUCAUGCGGCGCGCCUUCAGAAGAAGCCGCUGGCACAAGCGGGGCUGGACUCUCCAAGAGCUCAUCGCGUCCCGCGUCCUCGUGUUCUAUUCCAAGGAUUGGACCUGUCUGGGUAGCAAGCACGAGCUCGUUGAUCGCCUAGAAGAAGCAACCGGGAUAUCUGCGGCAGUUCUCCGCUUCGAGAGCCCAUUCACCGACACGAGCAUCGCGACGCGCAUAUCCUGGGCGGCGCAUCGGAAAACCACGAGGCCGGAAGACGCCGCCUACAGCCUUUUCGGGCUUUUCGGGGUCAACCUGCCGACGCUCUACGGCGAAGGGCGGCUCGCAUUCUGCCGGCUGCUCAUGGAGAUCUCGAAGACGUUGCGGGAUCCUUCUAUUUUUCUCUUGGGAGAACGACGGGAGGCAUACGGCUUGCAAGACCUCCAAUCGGGCCUCCAGGACAUUCCCCGGGGCCAAACCCGUCGUCAUCUUCUUCCCCUUCAGCCUUCGCCGACCUUGGGCCUAUCCCGCGCUAUUCAUAGGAUGAUCAGAUACGAAAUCAGCGCCCGCUCGCAGAGAGGACAAGAUGAGGUACGCUGGUAUGGAUGCCAUCCUACGCUGUGCUACAUUGACGACCAUUUUAGCACAGCUCGAUUGCAAACACGACCACAGAACUCCGUGCUCCCACGUUUUCCGUGUCACCAAGCGGGAUCGAGCUCCACGCAGCCGUUCUGCCUCUGGAUGAUAUAG